CUCUGAAAGUAGUUGUGUUUCCAUAUCGGUCCGUGCCCGUACGAUUAACUAAAUAAUGUUGAUUAAAUAUGGCGUUUUUUCUGAUACCACACACUCUGUUUAAACCACUUGCCAAAAUAGUACCAACAUCUGCAAAAUUACCUGUGUUCUCGAUCCAAUGUCGAAAUGCUACAAAAAAGGCUGCUGGAUCAGUGAAACGACAGAAUCACAACAGGAAGCGCAAAGGAAAGCGAUUGGGACCUAAGGUUUUGCCAGAUGAAUUUGUACAGCCUGGUGCGAUUUUAUUGAGACAGAGAGGAUUUCAAAUGCACCCAGGAAGAAAUGUUGAUUAUGGACGUGACCACACCCUAUUCGCGCUAAGAGAAGGUCACGUGAAGAUCACAAAAGAAUUAAUACCACGUCCAGAAUGGUGUAGUUGGGGAGAAGGCCCUUACUUCCAGCGUACUUUCAUGCAUGUUUUAGAAAGACCCAAAGUUCGUCGAUUAGUGUGUCUAAAUCCUCAAAGUUUAUCCAACGUGACGUGAUGGCAACAAAAUGACUACUUUGUAUAUAUUAUAUGUAUAAAAAAAUCUAAAUCCUAAGAAAAUUGUGUACAA